GGUGAGUAAGAUAAAAAGGUAAAGAUAGAUAAGAAAUAAAAAAGAAAUUUUCUAGAUAAGAAAAAAUGGAGAGAAAAAAAUGGAGAGAGUUGAACCAGGGUUUUGAACCAGGGUUUUGAAGCAAAGUUAUGAAGUCGGAACAACAAGCACAUUUAAUUUUCUGCUUUAAAUCGCUCCAAGGCUCGUCGUUUCCACUCUGCAAACCACUUUCGUUUUCGUCGAGUUCUUCCAUAGCUCGAUUUUUUUCCAUACAUCGAGCUUUCCGAUAUACUGAUACGGUUUUGAGGAAAUAAAGUCAUGGCCAGAAAAGGCGAAGGAGCGGCCAUCGGAAUCGACUUGGGUACGACGUCCUCCUGCGUUGCAGUCUUGCAACCCGGACGCUGUGUAGAGAUCAUAGCUAACGACAACGGGAGCAGAAGAACGCCGUGUUGUGUCGCGUUCACGGACACUGAGCUUUUGAUUGGGGAUGCCGCCAGGAACCAAAUCUCCAUGAACCCCGUUAACACAGUUUUUGAUGCUAAACGACUGAUUGGGAGGAAAUAUAGUGACCCAUCAGUGCAGAGUGAUAAGAAGUUAUGGCCUUUCAAGGUAAUUGCCGGACCUUGUGACAAGCCAAUGAUAGUAGUGACGCACAAGGGUGAGGAGAAGCAAUAUUCUCCCGAGGAAAUCUCAUCUUUGGUUUUAAGAAAGAUGAAGGAGAUUGCAGAGGGUUAUCUAGGAACCCCGAUCAGGAAUGCAGUGGUCACUGCUCCUGCUUAUUUCAAUGAGUCCCAACGCCAGGCUACUAAGGAUGCUGCAGUUAUCUCUGGCCUCAAUGUCAUGGGCAUUAUCAGCGAACCCACUGCAGCUGCUAUUGCACUUGGGUUGGGCAAGAAAGAAGGCACGUGCUGGAAGAAGAACGUGCUCAUCUUUGAUCUGGGCGGUGUUACAUUUGAUGUAUCAUUGGUCAAAAUUGAUGAGAGUUCCUGUGAGAUCAUUGCUGUUGAAGGUGACCCUCAUCUAGGGGGUGUAGAUUUCAAUACCAUAAUGGUAAACCACUUUGUCCAGGAGUUCAAAAAGAAGCACAAGAAGGAUAUCAGUAGAAACCCAAAGGCAUUGAGGAGGAGGACAGCAUGCGAGAGGGCGAAGAUGAUGUUGUCUUCUCAUGCUGAGACUACCAUUGUACUUGAUUCAUUGAUCCAAGGCAUUGGUUUUUGCUCAAGCAUGACAAGGGCACUGUUUGAGGAACUGAACAAGGACUUGUUCGGCAAGUGUAUGGACCUUGUUAAAAAGUGCUUGAGAGAUGUUGGGUUGGAUAAGAGAGAUGUUGAUGAUGUUGUCCUUGUGGGUGGAUCAACUAGGAUUCCUAAGGUGCAGGAAUUGCUUCAGGAGUUCUUCGAGGGCAAAAAGGUCUGCACUAAUCUCAACCCAGAUGAAUUGGUUGCCAGUGGUGCUGCUUUGUAUGCUGCAUUUCUUAGCAGAAAUGGAAACUACAAGUUUGAAGUGCCAAUGUGGUCUCGACAUAAUGACAAUGUCAAGGAUGGCAUAGAAAUGUCUUCCACGAAAUCCAAUACCAGCUCGUCCUCCCAUUCCUCUGACCACAAAAGGAAAGACAAUGAUACCCUGGAUUUCUCAAAGAAGAGCUUUGACUGUGUCCUGCAUGGAGAAGCUCUAACCUCCUCUAUGCUCCAGGGUGGUGUUGAUUUUAAGGAGUUCGCUAAGGGAUGGAUGCCCCCACAGGACCAGCAACUGUUAGGGUCUCUCAAACUUCCCACUUUACAGGAAGGCUUUGUUCUGGUUCAUGGAAUUAUCUGAAAGGAACAACCAGGAUAUGGAGCUCCACCUGAAAAGGAUUUCGCAGUUGGAGCAGGACAACAAAGACCUUGUAACUAACAUUCAGAUGAAACAGCAGGGGAUGGAGGACUACAAGGAGCAGAUGAACAUCUGGAGAGAACAGGCAGAGGCCUCUAGGACCGAGGUGUUGAAGAGCAACCGUGAGAUGGAGUCUCAACGUAAAAGAAUUGUGAUUUUGGAAAAGGAAAAUAAGAGUCUCCUAGGUAAGAUGGAUAGGAAAUUGAGGGAGGUUAUGGAAGCCAAAAACUCGGUGGCAGAAGGAUACAAUGAUCAGAUGAAGAAGUUGUUGGAGCAGGAUCGGGCGAUGGAGAACCAACGGAAAAGGAUUGUUCAGUUGGAGCAGGACAACCGAGGCCUCUUACUCAAGAUGAAGUUGAAACAGAUGGAGGUUAAGGAAGCCGAAAGAUUGGCCCGGACCUCUGCAACAGAGGCUGUGAAUGCUUUCAAAAUGUCUAGCGAUUAUAAUCAGGGGAUAGAGGACGCAGCGAGGGCUCGGUUAGAAAAAAUCGCUUCAGAAUUGCUGAAAAUAGGAGGGGGCCGGUAGAAGAUCUGUGGAAAAACAUUUUUAUCCCAAGGAAGUUGGAAUCCAAAGUAAACAUUAAUUAGAAAAUGUGAGGUGCAACCUUUCAUCUACUGACCAUGUAAGAAGAAUACAUCAAAUUCCAUUUCAACAUCACUGUUGUUAAUGACAGUUAGAAUUAAUGAUCCAAUUUUGUGUUUGCUACAUCAUUAAGUUGACCAUUCACUCUCAUCAUGACAACAUCAACAUGUUGAUGCUUUGGAUGUAUAUAAGUUUCUUUUGGAAAUCAGUGUUUCUUAGAAGUCUAUGGAUUUUAGAAAUCUAGAUGUAUUCAAUUAGGACUUUUAAAAGUCCAUAAAAGUACGGGUGUAUUCAAUUAGGAUUUCUAAAAGUCAAUAAAAGUACGGGUGUAUUCAAAAUAUUAACAAAUCUUGUGGAAUUACAAAAUAAUGGAUUUUCAUGGACUUUAGACCUAAUCGUAUAUAUAGUCCUUCUCAUGAUUGUCUCGUGCUUUCCCAAGAGAUUUCACGCAGACUUUCUCCUUGGGUCUUCUCCUCUUGCUCGCCUCGCCAAGAACAACCGUCUCAUCAAGAAGAAAAACUCCAAGUAAGUUACUCUUUUCUGAAUUGCUUAUCCAUAUUUGUUCGUUGUUAUUUUUGUACGGAGUAGAAUUGCUUCUUCCACCAUGUUUCAAACUUCUAGGCAAAUCUGCAAAUAGACUUGGUAGGUAUUAUAUUUUUUUUGCUUUAGAAAUCAGAGUAUAUAGAGGUUACAUAUUUGUUAAUGUUAGGCAAUUUUAUUCAUCCAGUAUUUGUUAAAGCAUAACACUUUAUCCAACUAAUACGUUUGUUUUAAAUGAAGAGUAAUUGGAGUUGCCUCUUCUUUACACAAUAGCAGCUGCAGGUAGGAGUUUUUUUCUUUCGUUUUUGGUCAAUUAGCCGCAGAGCAGGUUUCUUCCUUUUCCUAUGCAAGCAGCCGUAGCAGCAAUCAAGAAUAAUGUGCUGCACUUAAGUUUGUAGACACUCUUGUUCAUUUUUUAUGCGUUUACCUCUGUAUGUAUAAGUGUGUUGUAGUUAAGUUUGUAGACAAUAUAAUAUGUGUUCAAAAACUUAAUAUAGUUUAUCUUUGAAAAGAUCAAGGGGUAUGAGUUUGUGUUUAUUGUUUGUGUGAUUGGUUUUGCAUGUCUUAUAGAUGGGUGAUUCACAAGGUAAUGCCAAAAAAAGAUUAUAAAACUUGGACCAUAGAAGAGAGUAAUGUCUUGCUUCAGCUAAUGGUUGAAAGUGCCAAACUUGGCCUUCGUGAUAUCAAUGGAGUGAUAAGUAAACAAAUGGUAGAGACCAGACUCCUUCCUAAACUUAAGCAAAAGCUUGGUUAUGAAAUUAGUUUUAAUCAUUACCAAAGUAGAGUCAGAUGGUUUAAAAAACAAUACUCCAAUUACUCUCAACUUAUGCGGCACAAAUCUGGAUUCGAAUGGGAUGCGGCCACAAAGAAAUUCACCGCUUCCGAAGAAGUAUGGGCUGACUACCUGAAGGUGGGCAUUUUUUAUUCAUUUGUGUGUCUAUUUUAUAACAUCAUAAUAACAAAGUUUAUAUUUUUUUUAUAUCUGUCACAUAAAGAACACGCACACCUUCGGUCAGAAACUUGUUGUCCGGACUAUGAGGAUCUGAGAAUCACAGUGGGGAAUGGAACUGCAACUGGGAUGGGUGCAAUUGGUCUUGGUGAAAAUACUGACGCUACAGUGUUAGGAGUAGAUGAUGAAUCAGGUGGAAUUGGUGGCAUUGAUGGAUUAUUUUUUGAUCCAAAUACUUACAUGUUCACACCGAGUGAAACUAUAGAGGACUCAUCAUAUCUUCCACAAGAUGGUGGUACAAAUAUAGAGGAUCCACCUUCAUCAAGCAAUAGAGCUAAAGGAAAAAGGGGUAGAAAUGAUUUUGAGAACAAUGGAAGAACUUUGAUUUACAAUUCAUAUAUGUGCUUAGUGGUUGGGAGAGUUCUGCCCAUGAUUCAAAAGUGUUAAAUGAUGCAAUUUCAAGACCAAAUGGUCUUAAAGUGCCACCAGGUACACUUUAACAUGGUUAUCCAAAUCUUUGUUACCAAUUACUUAUUGCAUUGAAUGAUAGAUUAAUUGUGUAAUGAUUCAAUGUCUAGGAAAAUAUUAUUUGGGGGGUUGUGGAUUUGCAAAUCGGUGUCAAUUUUUAGCUCCAUUCCGAGGUACUCGGUAUCAUCUAAAGGAUUUUGGUGGUGAAGGAAAUCACCCUAUUAAUGUGGUUGAACUAUUCAAUCUUCGUCAUGCUUCUUUAAGGAAUGUGAUUGAACGCAUAUUUGGAAUAUUCAAGUCACGCUUCACAAUCUUCAAAACACCACCUCCUUUCUCUUAUAAAACACAAGCAGAAUUAGUUUUGGCAUGUGCAGGAGUACAUAAUUUUCUUCGACGUGAAUGUCGAUCUGAUGAAUUUCCUCCGGAUCCAGAAGAAGACCCACCUAGUGAUGAUGAGGACAAUCUUGAAUGGGAUAACUUUCAGACACAAGAUCAACAGAGGGAAAAGGCCAAUGAAUGGAGGAUGAAUCUUGCUACUCAAAUGUGGGCAGCUGCAGAAAAUGAAUAAUUGUGAUCCAUAGUUCAAUAGCACAAGACGUUUGUUCCCAUUUUGCGUGUUGAUGACUUUAUUUUUUUUUCUUAUAUUUUUUUAAUGCUUAUGCUUCACCUCAUUCGGAAUAGAGAACAUUAGCUAUUAUAUUUGUCAUAUUUUCUAUGUAACGAAUCUUAUUUAUUAAAGUUUGAUCUAGUUGGAUCUGGUCUUAAA